CAUAAGGGCUAGCUCUCUAAUAGAAACCGCGGGCUGGUAGGCAAAGAAGCUUCAUACUUUCAUACUUGGACACUCCCUCCUUAUUACAUCGCUAUCAUACGCUUUGGUCACUAAAGACUCCGCUACAUACGAAAAAUCAAAAUGAACAUAAAACCAGUCACUGGAAUGUGGUCGACUGGCUUUUGCGACUGCUGUGCGGAGCCCGGCGGCUGCGGCACUUGCUUUUAUACAUGCUGUUGCCCAUGCUGCCAGUACGGCCAAAACGUGGCGCGUAUGCCCGCCGACAUGGUCUGCUGCGGCGGCAGCUGCUACGGUGCCUGCUGCUGCUACUUCAUGAUGCACCUCAUUGGCUGCCCCUGCCUGCUGCACAUGAACACGCGGAGCUGGGUCCGCGUCAAGUACGGCAUCCCAGGCGACUGCUGCCAGGACUGCAUGGCCACCUGGUGCUGCGCGCUGUGCGCCAUAUGCCAGGAGCACCGCGAGCUCACAUGCCGCCUGGUGCAGCAAGGCGGUGCGGAGCUCAAGGACAACAAGGUGUCGCCGGCGCCGCAGCAGCAACAGCCGCAAGUGGUCAUGAUGGCGGCACCGCCCGCGUCUUAUCCCGCCGCCUCGCCCUACCCGCCGCCCUACGGCCAGCAGCCACCCCCUGGGUAUGGUGCGCCGCAGCCCCAGUACGCCCCGCCACCACCCCAGUACGCGCCGCCGCCGGCGCAGGCCUAUCCGCCGCCUGGCUACGGCGCGCCGCCGCCUGCGUAUGCGGCGCCGCCACCGGCCUACGGUGCUCCGGCCUACGGCGCCCCAGCCUACGCCGCGGCUCCUCAGCCAGUGCAAUACGUGGCAGUGCCCGCGCAAGGGCACCACCACAGGCGGCGGAGCGGCAGCAGCAGUUCCUCGGACGAGGAGUAGGGCUCCGUGGCCUGCGCUUGGCUGCGACCCUGUGUACAGUAACAUUUGUUGUUCUCGAUGAGGGAAUCAGGCGAUACGGUAGUUUGUGCAGUUUACUGGAAAUGUGUGUGGUUGAUUUGAUUCACACUCGCUACUGUGUCCGGCGCCAUUCUUACUUGAUGUGCUCGCAUGUGGCUGAGCGUUGUGCCCGCCCUGCAAAUGGGGAUGUUCGUUCAGGGCUACCUGACUUGGGCUGUUGGAGGGUGUGACGCUUCACGCAACCCUCAAUUCAAGCAAGGUUUGUAAUGAGGGUCAUGAUGGCACUGCGAAGCAUGUUGACAGAAUCUGCCUGCAUUGCUCUGCAUAAGAGCUUACCCUGUGCUUGGUGUGUCGGUUUGCGCUGGGCGGCUGGGGUACCGUAAUGCGAAUGUCUAUGUGGAAUGGACAGCGGCGAAAUGACGCCACGCACGGCAGUAAUAAAUUGUGAUACGCGCAACAGGUUGACAGGUGGGAGAGUUGAGGGCAGAGAGCCACCCCGCCAUGUCUGGCACGUGUACUGCAGUGCAAACGUGCAGUCCAGCUUACAGGUGUUCCGAGCGCACUGAUGGGUCAGUUGUGGUUUGCCAUGCAGGGGUGCACACCGCAGUGCGUUUGUCGAUGUCUCAUUCAGUGACGUUCGCACGAAAAGCAAGACUGAGAAAGCUGGAGAAGAGACCGGUACCGCCACCAGGAGUGCCUGAUCCUCAAAGCUUUGAUAGAUGGGCCAGGUGGCAAACGCCAUGGGCGUGACAGGACGAAUCCCCGCCAUGAGGGGUUUCGGGAGAUGAGGUCACCCCAAACACACGUUCGCAACUUGCCCAGUCGUCCGAGGCACACUGACAAGAUAUGUG